AGAGGGCGCCGUCUCGACGGCGGACUUCCUGCCUCUACCGGGCUCUUACUUUGAAGGGGGGCUGACGUCAUCGCGGACACGCUCCUUUGACGUCGUGUGUCGUCGCCGUCUGACGCUAUGUGGAAAGUAGCAAUGUCGGACGAGGUUGGGAAGGCGCUACAGUCGGUGGUGGAGCGGGUGAACCAGGCGGCGGCACGGCGGCUCAAGACACUGCCAGCUGUGCCUCCCCGUCUUGUAGCUGUCAGCAAGACCAAACCCCCAGAGAUGGUUGUGGAGGCGUACAGACAAGGGCAGCGUAACUUUGGAGAAAACUACGUUAAUGAACUUGUGGAUAAAGCCUCAGAUCCACUGAUUCUAGAAUCCUGUCCAGAAAUCAAGUGGCACUUCAUCGGCCAUCUACAGAAGAAUAAUGUCAACAAACUUUUGGCCGUGCCAAACCUGUUCCUCGUGGAGACGGUUGACUCGGCGAAACUGGCUGAUAAGGUCAACAGCUCGUGGCAGAGGCUGAGGGGAGCCAGCACCCAGAGGUUAAAGGUCAUGUUGCAGAUCAACACCAGUGGAGAACAGAGUAAACAUGGCCUCCCACCAGAGGAGACGGUGAACACAGUGAAGCACAUCGUGUCCCAGUGCUCCGCCCUGCACUUCUUAGGACUCAUGACUAUCGGGCGCUAUGGCUACAACCUCACCCUGGGCCCCAACCCGGACUUUCAAAUGCUGCUGAGUCGAAGGCAGGAGGUGUGUGACAGUCUGAAGCUUCCUCUGGAGGAGAUGGAACUCAGCAUGGGCAUGUCCACAGACUUUGAGCAUGCGAUCGAGGUGGGCUCCACCAACGUGCGAGUGGGCAGCAUCAUAUUCGGCAACAGGGAGUAUCCCAACAGUGCGGCGAACACUCCAAUUCCCAGCCCAGCACCUAGUCCAGCUCCCAGCCCGGAGAAAACAACCAAGACGGUGUCCGAAGAGGCGGCCAAGAAGAUGCAGCACCUCACAGUGUCCGAACACUGAGCAGAUUCCCCUUCCCGAAACACCUUUUAAGAAAGUUUCUAAAGAAAAUCCUCUUCACGUGCAGAAGGAUCAGAGCAGUGAAGCAGACAGUUUCCACAGAGCCAUGUGGAGUUAGAUUGCAAAAUUCUUGCAUCAUUUUAAAGUGUAUUUCUUAAUCUUCCUCACUUUUCUGUGCCCUUCUUGCUGUUUUAAGCACUAAAAAGUGGCAUUCGCUACAGAACUAGCUCAACAGUUUUUUAAAAGUAGUGUGUUACUAACCUAUAGUGCUCUGACUUCCCCUGUGUGGAAAUCUCUCCUACAAGAUUACAAGGAUAUGCCACAAACGUACAACCACUGAAAACACGGCGACGGAUUGGUAAACGGUCAACUCUCAUGACUUGUGAGGUAGUGUGAGGAUUUGUCUGUUGUUCUGGUGUGAUAUUUUCUACCUUUCCAACCCAACAUGUGACAGUGCUGAAACGUGCGACUGUACAUUGUCCCAGAGAUCAGGAACAAUGUACCGCUUUUUGUUGUACGGAUGAAACAAAGACUUGAUUUAAUAAAUCAUUUAUCCCUUUAUAAUGACACAUAAUAUGUGUGUUUGAUAUUGUUUCGUACUGUGUGCCAAACAUGUCUUGUUCUUGACCUGAGCAGUUUCAAGAGGGAGGAAGUGUUUUGUUCCUGUGCAACCCUGUGUGUGUGUGUGUCCUGUGCGCCAUUGCUGGGGAUAAAGGUGGCCUAUGCAAAGAGGUGAUCUUGUUUCAAAGAUGUCAAAAGGUUAGUGUAUUUUUCUGUGUCGUGAUUUAAAGGAAAUCGCCUUGUAGGUAGAUGGCAGUUGCUGUCCGAACAAGGUUUAGUUUGGAGUCCGGCUCUGAGGGAAGCCAAGCAAUAAAUUGUACUGUUGAAAAA